AUGGGCAAUCGAGUGAUGUGCGGCGGCGCCCCGCAGUCGUGCGUGGACGAGUGUGCGCGACUGCACUUCGAGACCAGGAGCCGCGAGGCCGAUGAGCCGGAGUGUGAUCCGGCAGGUGCCGUCUUCCAAGAAACCCUGCUUGGGCUUCCACCUCGGGACCAGGAGGGGUUGAUCUUUGCUGGCACUUCCAACCUGGUCGCACUGCGCUGGCUGAUGCUGUUGGGUGCCAACGCCAAGGCGCGCGAUCGAAAUGGGACCACUUUGCUACACGCGGCCUGCCGCAGCGGAAGCUUCCUGGUGGCCCAGGAGCUGCUCCGACGGGAGCUGCCGCUGGAUGCAACAGAUUCAGCAGGUUGGACGCCUCUCCACGUGGCAGCAAUGAUGGGGCGCCGUGAGCUGACUCAGCUGCUCCUGCAGGCCCAGAUCAACCCGCACGUUCAGAACAAGCGGGGGGCCACACCCCUCGACUUGUGCAGCGAUGUCUCCACACGCGAGGCCCUUCGCACCUUUGCGUUGAAGGCGCCCGAGGUGACAUCACGGAUCAAUUCUGUUGAGGAGUUCCAGAGGCUGGCUCGCGUGCAAGGCGAGGUGGGCGAAGACCCCACGGCCACCUGCGAGCCCUUCUUCGUCCCUAGGCAGCCGGUCUUCGAAGAUGAGGCGCACUACAAGGUGUUGGUCAACAUCGGCUUGGAGAUGGCCCACAAGAGCGCCGCUCAUGCGCUCGCUUUCUUUGUGGCCACAGGCGCGUUUGUGUUUGGCCUUCUCAUGCAAGAUGCGGGCCGUCGGUAG